UGCAGAUAUUGCAUGAAUAACGACCCACUUACUCCCGUUCCUUCUGAACGACUUCUCGGACCUGGAUAUGGACAGGGUGUAUGGCCUUUACGUGAACGUUUGGCGCUAGCUACAGCUCUUUUAGAUGUAGAUAAUCAACAAGGAAGUUGGUCUGCUACCAGUCGUCGUAUGGUGUGUUUUUCUAGACCUGGCCGACCAUCUACAUGGUGUUCAUCUAGAGCAUGUGCUAAACAAUACGCUUUACUUUUGGAUUCCAUUGAAUUAGUUAAGCGACAGAAAAUGCCAGGAAGUGAUUCUCAGUCAAGUCAACUAAGUUUAGCUGAACGUGUUGUAAAGCGUUUGAGUGCUGAACGUGCAGAAGAGUUGAGAUCUCGUAUACGAUAUGGUCAACAUUACUACAGUUCGUUGAAAAACAUUCUAUUGAAUGUGGAGUCUGGGAUGUACGACAGUCAAUUGGCCGCUUUAUUAGAUGAAAUGAACUCAUUCUCUGAUUCGAAGAAGAAACUAGAUAAUACUAGUACUGAAUCUGAUGAAACAAAUAUGCCUCAAAGUAACAGUCUUUCUAAACAGCAAACUUCUACUGAUGAUGUUUCGUUGAAUGAACCAAAAACUAAACAACAUGAAAAAUGUUCAGAUACAAUAACCGCAGAAAAUGAUUCCGUUGAAAAAUGUCUGGGAAGUACAGAAAACUUUAUAGGACUUUGGAAAGAGAUACACGAUUUUUAUCAUAUUCCUGAUUCAACAUGGUAUUGUGCUCCUGGUCCAAUAAAUAAUCGGAAUUCAAGCGGUGGGUUUGGAAAUGUAACGAGUAGAUCACGUCCAUCUGCUGGAGUAGGUUCUGUUAAUUUUUCACGUUUAUCAACUCUAUUGGCGGAAGCAUCUUCUCCAGCUCUGAAACCUACUAAACAAUCCAGGCAUUCAGUUAAUAAAUCUAUGACUUAUAAAUCUAGUAAGCAUGAAGUUGGUCAUACCACGGCUGCAUCACGAGCUGCUGAAGCAACGAAACAAAGAUAUUUAUCGACAACUAGCAAAGGCAAGUUCUUAUCAUGUGCGAAAAAGUCCAAUAUAAGUGUGAAGUCCAGUAAACAGGAUAAAUCUAAACAGCACUUAUCUGAAGGCACUUCACGUAAAAGUAAAUAUCAAGGUGACACAUCCUCCUCCUCCACAUCUAAAGCAGACCGUUUGAAUCAAAAUGUCAAUCGCAAAUCACAACCAUCUGAUUCGACUAAAUCUCAUCAGAGAAGUUACAGUGACGUGUUCAAAAAAUCCUUAUCCAAUAAGAAAGAAAUUUCUGACAACAGUGAUGAGGAUGAUGACAAAGAAAAAGAACAUGAUUCUGAAGAUUCUCUGUAUGAGGGAAUGUCUACGGAUAUGCAAACUGAUUCACCUUCAUCAACACCAUCCACUGUUGCUAUGUGUACAUCUGAUAUAGAAGAUUUUUUAAUGCAAGAUGAUACAAAAUCCGAGAACACCAUUCCGAACAAUGAUGAUACUAUGAUAUACUCUACCAUAGAUAACGAUAGAACUGUCACAGAAAUAGCUGAUGAAGAUGAAAUAAAUGUCUGCAAUUCUGAAGAGGAUAAAUGCAUUGUAUCAGAUGUUGCUUCCUCUUUGUCUACUGAGGCUGUAGUCGAAACAGAGUGUCAAGCUGAUGAUAAACUUUCCUCAAUCACCUCUAGUCCUGCACUUGUAAACACUACUCAUGUUCAUGAAAAUUUAACUGAGGAUGAGUUGAAUCAAAAAUCAUCUGUAGAAACAGUUGUUGAAAGUUUCAAAAUAGAUUCAUCUGGUACAGUUAAUGUUUGUGAAACCGAUAAUGAAUUAAAUUUUGAAGAUAAAGAACCGGAAAUUAAUUAUUUGGUUGAAAACCUUGAUAUGCCACAUGAAGGCACUUGUACUUCAGACAAGACAGAAAUCGUUAACGUUGCUUUAUCAACUCUAAAUCAAGAAGAAAGCGUGAUUAAGAAACUCAAACUUUCCACGAAAUCUACCCAACAACAUGAAGAAGUUAACAAGUCAACUUCAAAAAAGAUCCCAACUUAUUCUAUUUUACCUUUUCUCAUUAAAACAGAACGUGAAAGCAGCAAGAGUUCUCCAAUGGAUACUUUAGCAACAGAAAUUGUCAUGACAGUACAAGGUAGUGAAAAGUCAGAUGAAAAUAUAACUGAAAAUGCGUUUGAAAAUUUUAAUCUGCAUGAAACAAACACACCCGUUUCGGAUGCCAACAUUUCCAACUAUCCGGCUGAUGAAUCUUCCCAGUUGAAUAGUUCAUCUACUUCCCAAGGUCAAAAACACCGUAGCCUUAGACUUCGUCUUAGUCGACAAGGUAGUCAACUCAUUGUUCUACCUCCUUCAGAUUCUACUUCCAUUUCACCUCAAGCUUUGAAUACACCAUCUAAGGAAAUAACUUUUCAUAAUACGUCUAGUGACACAAGCUGGUAUUCUUGGGCUAACCAACUUUUAUCUGAUGGUGAACGGGUUUCUACUGCACUUGUUUCCAACGAUGAACUUUUGCUAACUUCUCCGCGUUCCAGAAAUCAUAUUUCUCUGUCUGAAGUAAACGCCUUGGUCCAUGAAUUACUAGAUCCUAUUAUGAAUGAUUUAAAUGAUAAAUUGAUAACAUCUAGGUUGGAAUUUAUUCAUCGCUUAUUGAGUGUACUCGCUGAAACUGUAAUGACGCGAGCAAAUAAUAAUAUUCGACAUCGUAUAGCCAUUGAAUUGUAUCUGCAAUGGCAUCAACAGUUACAAACUGAUGAGCCUCAACCACAUUUCUCAUCAACUCCUUAUUGUUAUGACCUGGAAACUCCUGCAUUUUGGUCAAAUGAAACAGAGGAUAAUUCAAUGAACACAUCUAUAAAUCCACCUACCUUGACACUAGCUUCAUCACUGAAUUCAUCUUCACCUAAACUGCAUAGCGACACUGUUAAAUCUCUUGCACCAUUUUUACCAGAAGUAAGUGGUACAAAUCUUGAAGCAGAAAGUUUCAGAGGAAAGAGGCCUCAUUCUAGCAUUGAAGAUGAUACUGAUUCAGUCCCUUAACCUUCAUAUAUGCUUAUAUGCAAUUGUUUCUGAUAACUUUGAAAAUGACUAUGUUAUGUGUAUUUUUCUUUUAAUGUGCAAUACUCAUUUAUAUAUACAUGAAUCGAGAAAGUGAACAUUUCUGUGUAUAUUUGUAGAAAGUGUACCAAAUUGUAAACUGUGCAGUUUUUAUCUGAGUUAUAUAUAUAUAUAUAUAUAU